AUGUCUCAUCUACAAUUCUUUGCGUACGAGGGACAGGGGGUUGAAAGGCAGAAAAGGUACUCCUACAGCCAGGCAGUACGAGUCGACGAUCGCAUUGAAUGCUCGGGACAAGGUGAGCUUUCCCAUCACAUCCUUCCCCCAAAGGCUCAUCUGUUGCCUAUUCCAUCGAAGUUACGUCUAACUCUGUUUACUGAAGGUGGUUGGGAUCCGAUCACUGGAGAGUUCGAAAAGGAGAUCAACACCCAAAUCGAUCUGGCUUUCGAGAAUGUGGAUCGAUGUCUUAAGGAUGCUGGUGGCAAAGGAUGGACCCAAGUCUACCGUAUCAACUCAUAUCACGUCCCAAUCAACAACGAAGCUCUGGAAGCGAUGGUCCGUAACUUUAGGAAGUGGAUGCCGGAUCAUCAACCUCUGUGGACCUGUGUUGGCGUUCCACGUUUGGGAGAAGAUGACAUGCGCGUGGAAAUCGAAGUUGUGGCUCACGCUGUCUGA